AUGCGAAGCGAUUGCAUGUAUGCUGCAAAGAUAUGCAUAGCGCGGCAUAUGUGUGAUUUAAAAAAAGAUAUGUUGAUGCCCAUGGAUGUGGAUUUGAAGGAAAGAAGGCUGAAGGAAGCUGAGAGGCUGAGGAAGAAGAGAAGCUUUCCGUUGAGCUUAUUGUAUUAUCCUGACUACGAUGCAUCGGCAGAGAUAUUUAUGGAGCUGGGGAAUUCUGAGGACGAUGUAGGGAAGAAAGUUGAGUAUUAUGAGGAAGCAGCAAAGACAUAUGAGAUGGGUGAUGGAGAGUACAGUAGAUACUUAGCAUCUCAAGCAUAUGAGAAGAUAGGAGAGAUAUGCGAGGAGACAAACAAGCGCAAGUCUGUGGAUGCAUACAAACGAUCAGGGGAGUAUUCGAAGCAGUGCGGAAGAGAGAGUUUGGCGGCAAUAUGUUUCCAGAGGGCCGCGGGCCUGCUGAAGAGUGAGAAUGAGUUUGAAGAAGCAUAUGUUUACUUGAAUAAAGUGGUGGAAUGCUACAGUGGAAGUGGAUGGAAGUAUCAUCGAAUAAAGGCGAUGAAAGAUGUUGCAGAGAUUUGUAUAGAGCUUAAGAGAUAUGGGGAGGCAUCAAGGAUAUAUACUGGAGUCAGGGAGAGCAUGUAUCUGUUUUGUGCGUUUCUUUGCCAGGUGAUUGAGGGCGUGCCAGCAGAUACGGAAGUGGGUGGCGAUGAAGAGAAGCUGUGCAAAGCAAUUGAGGAGGGGGGAGACAAGGCUGUAAAGGCCAUAGGGGAGUAUAUGCUUACUCAUGCGAUGAGCAAGGAGGUGAAGAUGCUUCUUGAGAUUAUUCUGGAAAUGCUGCAGCCCGAGAAUGACAUUUUGUAA